UUUAUAUUCGUACGAAAAAAAGGUUAUAAAAAAACAGAGAAAAAGAACAUUUAUACUACUGAUAGAUUCAUUAGUUAAGAAGAAAGAGGGGAAUAGUUGUCUCUUUUUAUCCUUCGUAGCUAAUCGGAUAACUAUUCAAAAUAGAUACUCUUAAUAAAUUCAGGUGCCUUCUCAAAAGAGAUAGUUUAAGGAAAUUAACCAACUAUCAAGAAGGAAAAAAAGUUUUUAUUAUGGGCUAUACGGGUGCUGUUGGUACAGAGUUAUUAAAUAUUUUGGCAAAGGAUAGUACCUUUCAUAAAGUAGUACUGAUUGGUAGAAGAAAAGUGGAAUUUGAUGAUCCAGUAUUAAAAACUUGGGAGCAGAGAAUAGUUGAUUUUGAUCAUUUGUCAAAGCACACUGAAGACUUUAAGAAUUUCGAUAUUGGAUUUUGUUCGUUUGGAAGUAUUUCUUCCAAAGUUGAUAAUCAAACUUUUCGAAAGAUAGAUCACGAUUACGUCAUUGAAUCGGCAAUGCUCGCUAAAGAAGGGGGAUGCGAAGAGUAUCAUUACGUUAGUUCAGUGGGAGCUAAUAAGAACAGUAUGAUAUUCUACUUAAAAACCAAAGGAGAAAUAGAAGAAAGUCUUGCCAGGAUUCGCUUCAAGAGGCUCUGUGUUUACAGACCUAAAGUGUUGAUUGCUGAAAGAAAUGAUUUUAGAAUUGCCGAAAGUUUAAGCAAGUUUUUCCUAAAGCCAGUUAUAGUUUUAGCACCAACAGCCCUAUCAAUACCAGUUUUGGAUGUUGCAAGAGCAAUGAUAAACAAUUCCAAAAAAAGUAGUAUAGAAGCCAUAGAAAUUGUUGAUAAUGCAACUUGUCAUCAGCUAAGUAAAGAAGAAAAGAAGAAUUAAUUAAAACUUUAUUCCUAUUCCUUCUAGUCAUCGUCUAUAUAUUUUUCUUUUUCCUAUCUCUCUCCCCCUGCAUAAGUGAAUAGUAGGUAGAACGAAAUAUGUAUAAAUCUCAUAGUUAAUUAGAAUAUAUUAAAAUAUUGUUGUUGCAAGUAAAAAUAAAAAUAACCUAUCAACAAGGAAAACAAGACGAAAAGAGAACAA